CAUGUAUGUACUCCGUAAGUGAAUUCGGCGUAUCCAGUUACAGGGCCUUAAUGUUGUACAUCACAUACCAGUUGUGUAUAUGUACAGCUUGUAAAUGCUUUGGGCGUUUAUCCUAGACUUUAUAUAUUUUGUCGGCACCGACAGCCGGAUGCUACUUUGCUAGCACAGCUACCUUAACGCAGCGCAUCCGAGCCACCAGAAGAAUGGCUCCGUGGGAGGUUUACCCGAGUUAAACGGCUGUACGCGCUGUAAAGCCAUGUGCACAGACUGUGUAACGGUUUGUUGAAGCGUGAGGAUGAGGAGCCGCAGUAACUCCGGGGUGAGGCUGGACGGUUAUGCCAGGCUGGUCCAAGAGACGAUCCUGUGCCACCAGAACCCGGUGACAGGGCUUCUGCCUGCCAGCAGCAAAAUGAAGGACGCCUGGGUGAGGGACAAUGUGUACAGUGUCCUGGCUGUGUGGGGGCUGGGCAUGGCCUACCGCAAGAACGCAGACCGGGAUGAAGACAAGGCAAAGGCUUACGAAUUGGAGCAGAGUGUGGUGAAACUGAUGCAAGGGCUUCUACAGUGCAUGAUGAGACAGGUGGCUAAGGUGGAGAAGUUCAAACAGACCCAGAGUACAAAGGAUUGCCUGCAUGCCAAAUAUCACACCCCGACGUGUGCCACAGUGGUAGGAGAUGACCAGUGGGGCCACCUACAGGUGGAUGCUACCUCUAUUUAUCUCCUGAUGUUGGCGCAGAUGACAGCCUCUGGUCUUCGUAUCAUCUCAAACCUGGAUGAAGUGGCCUUUAUCCAGAACUUGGUCUUUUACAUAGAGGCUGCCUACAAAGUGGCGGAUUAUGGAAUGUGGGAGAGAGGUGACAAGACCAACCAGGGCAUUCCUGAGCUCAAUGGUAGCUCUGUUGGUAUGGCCAAGGCAGCUCUGGAGGCCAUUGAUGAGCUGGAUCUUUUUGGUGCACACGGAGGGCCUAAAUCUGUAAUCCAUGUUAUGCCAGAUGAAGUGGAACACUGUCAGUCCAUCCUAUGCUCCAUGCUGCCACGAGCUUCUCCUUCCAAAGAGAUUGAUGCUGGCCUGCUCUCUGUCAUUUCCUUUCCUGCCUUUGCUGUUGAAGAUGUUGACCUAGUGGCAAUCACCAAAUCCCAGAUCAUAAGCAAACUACAGGGUCGUUACGGCUGCUGCCGCUUCAUCAGGGAUGGACAUCAUUGUCCGAGGGAGGAUCCGACUCGCCUACACUAUGAUCCUGCAGAGCUCAAGCUCUUUGAGAACAUUGAAUGUGAGUGGCCUGUGUUUUGGACAUACCUCAUUUUGGAUGGUAUCUUUACUGAAGACCAAGUGCAGGUGCAGGAGUAUCGUGAGGCGCUAGAAGGCAUUUUGAUCAGAGGCAAGAAUGGCAUCAAACUGGUGCCAGAACUUUAUGCUGUACCUCAUGACAAGGUAGAAGAGGAGUAUAGCAAUCCUCACUCAGUGGACAGAGUGGCUUUGGGGCAGCUCCCUCACAUGUGGGGACAGUCACUCUACAUCUUGGGCUGUCUUCUGGCUGAGGGCUUUUUAGCACCAGGAGAAGUUGAUCCUCUCAACAGGAGAUUCUCUACAAACUUCAAGCCAGAUGUUGUGGUACAAGUUUGUGUUCUAGCAGAGUCUGAGGAGAUCCAGGAGUUAUUGAGCAAACAUGGGAUAGAUGUACAGACAGUAUCAGAAGUCCUUCCAAUUCGGGUUAUGCCUGCUCGUAUCCUCGGCCACGUCUAUGUCAGACUGGGGAAUUGCAAGAAGCUAAACUUGAGUGGGAGACCUUACAAACACAUUGGAGUUCUGGGAACAUCUAAAUUCUAUGAGAUCAGAAAGCGCUUUUAUGUUUUUACCCCUCAGUUUUUGGACCAGCAUCAUUUCUACCUGGCUUUGGACAACCAGAUGAUUGUGGAGAUGUUGCGUACAGAGCUGGCCUAUCUGUCCUCUUGCUGGAGUAUGACUGGACGCCCCACGCUCACUUUCCCCAUCACACGCAGCAUGCUGGUUGAAGAUGGUGAUUCGGUUGAUCCGUGCAUCUUGGCAACACUGAGGAAACUACAGGACGGCUAUUUUGCUGGAGUGAGAGUGCAGCUCUCAGACCUGUCCAGCUUUCAGACCACUUCAUUCCACACUCGCCUCAGUUUCCUGGAUAAAGAGAAUGAUGACAGCUUACUUGAGGUUGAAGAUGAUGAAGACUCUCAAAAGGAUGCCGACUCUGCGUCCUCAGGAGGCUCAGAGGACGCACUGGAUCAGUACCUCAUGCAGCUCCUCGACAGCACCAGCACCAAGCGUCACCUCCCUCCCAUCCACAGGGGGCAACAGCAUGUCUUCAGUGCUCAACACAGCACCAGAGAUAUCCUGUCGUUUAUGGCCCAGGUCCAGGGUCGAAACAUUCCCAAGUCAUCCAUGUAUCUGCCCACGACUCCUGUCAUAAGCAAACACCGCAAAUCUUUAAACCUGCUUGAAGUCCCCCAUCCUCAGAAUGUCUCUCAUGCGAAACAACAUAAGUCUCAUAGUGCUGCUGAUCUACAUCUGCCUCAUGACUCCCAGGGCAACACAGAUUUUGCAGUGUUAGUGAGGCAGCUGAGAGAGUGUCCAACUCUCCAGGACCAGGCUGAUAUCCUCUACAUUCUCUACAUCAUGAAAGGACCUGAUUGGCAGGUGGAUUUGUCUGGCCCCGGGCAGGACGGAGUCAGUGUGCGUUCUCUUCUGGAAGAGCUGUAUGUGGAAGCUGGAGCUUGCAAGGAGUGGGGUCUCAUCAGAUAUAUCUCUGGAAUACUCUGCAAAAAAGUGGAAGUCCUCGCUGAGGCUUGUACGGAUCUCAUUUCUCAUCACAAGCAGUUGACGGUGGGUAUACCUCCUGAACCCAGGGAAAGAGUCAUCACAGUUCCACUUCCUCCAGAGGAGCUGAAAACCCUCAUCUAUGAAGCCAGCGGUCAGGACAUUAGCAUAGCUGUUCUCACUCAGGAAAUCAUGGUCUAUUUAGCCAUGUACGUGCGCUCCCAGCCAGCUCUGUUUGGAGAUAUGCUCAGAAUCAGGAUAGGACUCAUCAUGCAAGUGAUGGCUACCGAGCUGGCUCGUAGUCUGCAUUGCUCUGGAGAGGAAGCCUCUGAAAGCUUGAUGAGUCUGAGUCCAUUUUGCAUGAAGAAUUUGCUACAUCACAUUCUCAGUGGCAAAGAGUUUGGUGUGGAGCGGAGCAUGCACCCCACCCAGUCAGCAGCAACCAGUCCUUCUAUCUCCAUCCAUGAGCUUGGCCACACUGGAGCCACAAAGACUGAACGCACAGGAAUCCACAAGCUGAAGAGUGAGAUCAAACAGCUGGAUGAGCCUCAACCACUCAGUAUCAUUGGGGGUGGUCUCUCCUUGGGUAGCAAUGUCACUUCUCCACGUUCCACGCGAUGCAGCAGCCCCUCCACCCCCAGUGGGAUUUUGUCCCCAGUGGGCACCGGUCCUGGUGAUGGACAUUUGCACUGGGAGGACAGGCAAGGCCAGUGGCUGAGGAGGCGCAGGCUGGACGGAGCUAUUAACAGAGUACCAGUAGGAUUUUACCAGAAGGUCUGGAAGAUCCUGCAGAAAUGCCACGGUUUGUCCAUUGAUGGAUAUGUGUUGCUGUCAUCUACCACCAGAGAGAUGACUGAAGGAGAGAUCAAGUUUGCGGUCCAAGUAGAGUCUGUCCUGAACCACGUCCCUCAGCCAGAGUACAGACAGCUACUGGUUGAAACUGUGAUGGUUCUGGGUCUGGUGGCAGAUGUGGAUGUGGACACCAUUGGUGGUAUCAUCCAGGUGGACCGCAUCCUACACUUGGCCAAUGACUUUUUCCUCAAUGAUCAGAAAUCGCACAGUGCCAGUGAUUAUUUCCUCGAGAAGGACCCAGCCACUGGUAUCUGCAACUUCUUCUAUGAUAGCGCCCCUAGUGGCCGCUAUGGUACGAUGACCUAUCUGUCCAAGGCAGUGAUCACUUACGUCCAGGACUUCUUACCAAGUUCCAGCUGCCUGAUGCAGUAAAACAACAACAGACCUGGCUGUCAUAACCACGUUGUAAUGAAGAAUGUGAAGGGUUGACGUCAAAAGGCUGCAGAGCUUUUCAUUAACUCUGACAAUCCGUACACCACUUCUGUGCACUUUUCAUCGCAUUCUCAAAGGAACAGUGUUGUAUUGGCUUUUCAGGGAACUUUUAGGACAACCUGAUAAUGAAUUACAGUAGUCCAGCCUAGAGGAAAUAAAUGCAUGAAUUAGUUUUUCAGCAUCACUCUGAGACAAGACCUU